GAGAGAGGCAGAGGCAGACGGGAACGGGAACAGAAAGUUUAGUCAGUCUCGUCAGGUGUAAAGGAAGGAGAGAGGUGAGGUGGCGUACGUGCGUGCUAGUGCGUGCUUGAAGCGUCUGUGUUGUGCUGUGCGACGUGAGCUUGCUGACGCUGCCGAACCGAUUCAAACUAAAAGCUCCGCGCUUAGCGCCUCCCCCAAACAUCGCGACUCCACUAAGAUGCUGAGCCUACUGAGGAACCGGGCGUUCGCCGUCGCGGGGGGCACAUCGGCGAAUUGGAGCCGAGCCGUUUCCCUGUCCACCUGCGGAGGUCAGCUGUCGCCAGUCUCAGGGAAUGAGAGGUGGCUGCACACGUCCGUCCUGGACCGGCACCAAAGCGUUCCUCGCCGACUUUCUCCAGUGACCGUAGCAUCUGUUCCUCCAGCUGCUAUACAUCCUGUGGCAAGCAAAGAUGAAAGCCGUGAAUUCAUGUCUUUAUUUCCUGAUCUUUUGAGAGAUCUAACGGAUGCUGGGAGGCACUUGGACAUCCCAGAAGUCACAAAGUGGCUCUCCAAGGUUCUCCAAUACAAUGUGCCUGGAGGCAAGCGCAACAGGGCCAUGGCUGUGGUAUACUCUUACAGGUUGUUGGCCAAAGAAAGUGAUUUGACACCCGAAAAUAAAAGAUUAACCAUGAUACUGGGUUGGUGUGUUGAAAUAUUGCAAGCCUUCUUUCUUGUUACUGAUGAUUUAAUGGACCAAUCUUCUACUCGAAGAGGAAAAGCUUGCUGGUACAAAGUUAAUGAUAUUGGACUUGCUGCAUUCAAUGAUGGAGUGCUUCUUGAAAGUGCUGUAUUUCAACUUCUUAGAACCCAUUUCAGAGAAAAGAAUUACUAUUUGGAACUCAUAGAGUUGUUCCAUGAUGUGAUCUACAAAACAUCCAUGGGUCAAGCCCUAGACUUGCAAACUUCCCAUAAUGGAAAGCCUGAUCUCGCUGUGUUUACAAUGGAUAGGUAUCGGGCCAUAAUUAAAUAUAAAACUGCAUAUUACUCCUUUGUUCUUCCAGUCGCAGUAGCAAUGCACAUGGCAGGUAUAAAAGAUGUUGAAGUCCACAGGCAAGCUAGAACGCUCCUCCUCCAAAUGGGAGAAUUUUUCCAAAUUCAGGAUGAUUUCUUGGACUGCUAUGGGGAUCCUUCUAUUACUGGAAAAAUAGGUACAGAUAUUCAGGAAGGGAAAUGCACAUGGUUGGCAGUUGUUGCUCUUCAAAGGGCCAAUGCUCAACAAAGAGAAGUUAUGGAGCAAUUCUAUGGUUCUUCUGAUUCAAAACAUGUGCAAAUAAUAAAAGACCUUUAUGAAGAAUUGAAUGUUCCUUUAACAUACAGUACACAUGAGGAGGAGAGUUAUAAUAGGAUACGAACUCUCAUACAACAGGUAUCCAGAGGCUUACCUGUAGAGUUGUUUUUCAAAUUUUUGGAUCAGAUCUACAAACGACAAAACUGAAAAGAGUAUGGAAAAGUUGACGCAUACUUAUUUUAGUUUCAGUAUAACCAAUAAUGAUUAAUGUCGUGACCUGAGACAGUAUACACAUUUAUCAAUCUUA